ACUGUGAAGAUCGAAGUUGAUCCUUGGCCUAGCAGAUAUAGGUGUAUCGAUUCCUGUGCUUUGAACGAGGUGAAGUGUGAAAAGUGAAAACCAUGGAGAAGUUCACCGUAUUUUUGUUCAGCUCUAACACAAUCUAUCUGCUAGUAGCCUGCUUUUUGGUGACUCUGAUUAUGCUACUUUCGGAAGCGAGGAAAAAAUUGGGUGCCAACGAUGAUCUCGUGAAGCAAGUGAAGAGUUUCCUUUUCGGACAAUGGUUGGUAGUGUUUACGCAGAAUGAUCAGAAUAACAAAAACAAUCUCGGUACGGAAGUGAAAGUGCUGCGCAAGGCUCCCGGUCCAAAAAGUUACCCGAUCAUCGGAAACCUGAAAGAUUUGGACGGUUACGAGGUUCCUUAUCAGGCGUUCAGCGUGCUUGCGAAAAAGUACGGACCAGUUGUGAACCUAAAGCUUGGCGUCGUUGAUGCAGUAGUGAUCAACGGCAUUGAACACAUCAAGGAAGUAUUAGUCAAUAAGGCUCAGUACUUUGAUAGCCGCCCGAAUUUCCGUCGUUAUCAGCUGCUCUUCUCUGGAAACAAGGAAAACUCUCUGGCGUUCUGCGAUUGGUCCGACGUUCAGAAAGCUCGCCGUGAUAUGCUUGUCCCACAUACUUUCCCCCGCAAUUUCUCCGGCCGCUUCAACGAGCUCAAUGGCUUCAUCAACGAUGAAAUUCGAUUGGUAAUUGGAGAAACCAACGUAAACAAAGUUAUCGAGAUCAAACCGGUUAUCAUGAACAUCUGUGCGAAUGUUUUUUCACAGUACUUCGCUAGUUACCGUUUCGAACUAGAUGAUCCAAAAUUCCAAAAGUUAGUCAAGAAUUUUGACCAGAUCUUCUAUGAAGUGAACCAAGGUUACGCGGCUGAUUUCCUACCAUUCCUACUUCCGCUGCACCAUAGAAAUCUCAAGCGUAUGGACCAUCUAGCUGAGGAAAUUCGUACGAUCAUGCUAGAAACGAUUAUCAACGAUCGUUAUGAUAACUGGGUUGAAGGAAACACCGAGAACGACUACGUCGACAGCUUGAUUAAUCACGUCAAGUCCAAUAUCGGCCCAAACAUGGAAUGGGAAACUGCUUUGUUUGCGCUGGAGGACAUCAUUGGUGGUCACUCUGCAGUGGCCAACUUUCUCGUCAAAACAUUCGGUUACAUUAUCCAACACCCUGAAGUGCAGCAGAAUAUCCGAUCCGAAGUGGAUCGCGUGCUCGAAGAGGCGGGCAAACAGACCGUAGACCUGUCCGAUCGCAACCACAUGCCCUACACGGAAGCCGUCAUCAUGGAAGCCCUACGACUGAUCGCCUCCCCCAUUGUUCCACACGUCGCCAAUCAGGACGGACAAAUUGGAGGUUAUGAUGUGCCAAAGGACACACUGAUAUUUCUGAACAACUAUGACUUGAGCAUGUCGGAAAAUCUCUGGGAGAGCCCCGAGAAAUUCAACCCCGAACGCUUCCUGCAGAAUGGCCGCGUCGUCAAGCCAGAAUUCUUCAUCCCCUUUGGAGCUGGGCGCCGCUCGUGCAUGGGCUACAAAAUGACGCAGCUGAUCAGCUUUUCAAUCAUUGCCAAUCUAUUGAGAUCAUAUACAAUCACACCUCUUUCCGGGCAAUCCUAUUCCGUUCCGGUGGGCUCACUCGCAAUGCCGGAGAAGUCAUAUGAAUUUCAAAUUAACCUUCGACAUUGAAAUCUUCGAUCUUCUCCUAUUCCCUAGAACCCCUUCCCACAUUCGCCAAGGCGCAUACAUUUUCACACAUGCUGACUGGCCACAUGAUUGGCAAAAUACUCGUUUGUCAUCGAUUGCCGAUUCGUAAUUUAAUUCCAUCUCUUCCUCAUCCAUUGUCGCGAAUGCAAAUGUGUCCGCCAAAAACAGAACUGAGAACACUUUGCAUACGCUGCUAUAGUCCUUGAAUUCACGUGCUUCCGAAGCGGAAGUGCGGUUCCCUUUCCUUUGAUCAACUUCUCCUAUUAUAUCCUCUAAAUUUCAAGGUGAACAUUGCUGUAGUAGAGGAAAUUGUGAAAGUAUUCAUCGUAUUAUUAUUAGUAUAUUGAACAAUUGCGCGACUUUUGCUGUGAUGUAGUACAAGGAGACCUUCGAAGUGAGAACAUCGCUUCGAGCUAGAAAGUGAGAGUGAGCAUUAGAGUAAAAUAAGUUUAUAAACAAACAUACGUAUCGUACACACUAUGACUAUAUUAGCUUGUAGAUGAGCCCUAUCAGCUGAAUCCCUUCUAUACUCGUCGAUAGCUGUUGACUGAUGUCCUGGUUGUGCAUUUCGUUCGUACCAGGAUACAUUGCCGUAUUGCUGUUAGAUGCGCGAAAAAAAUGCUAGAUAGAAAAAAUGCAUGAAGCGUUUGCCAAAGAUUAAGUGAAAACAAAAGUUCAGUGUCAAUUUGUCAGCGUUCAUUCAUGGGUUGAAUGUUAGUGACCAUGCUGCACAAAGUAGGAACAUAUUUGAAAUUGUAAAGCGAUUUUAGUGUAGAUCUAACGUAUAAUGAGGUUUGGCUUGAAUAACUGAUAUCUGCUACGCCUUGAAGAAUAAAUAAA